CAGCUUUUGAGAAAAAAAGGGAUGUCAUUUUUGAUGUUGAGUUGGUUGGUCCAGACCACAGAUUUGAGGGGGAGGGCAGAGAAACUUUAGAGGAAAUGGGUGUUGAGAACUCCUCCUAUAUCUCCCUCCACAUUCCUCAUCUCUACCCUUCUCUCAAAGUUUGGAGCUAAAAAGUCUCGAAGGACAAAAAGAGCAAAGUGGGAGGAUAACAACAACUGGGAGAAAAAGACGGUCAAGGGUACUGACUCAAAGGCACUGACGCUGAAGGGAUACCAGACUUUUCCCUCAUCUCCAAGCAGCCAUGGUCUUCCUGCUCAUAUUCGUAACUGUGCUGCAUCUGGUCGCCUUGGCCAUGCUCCUUGUUGCUACCCUGGAGAAGUCCUGGUGGAUAUGGGAUGAUGUAGAAAUCACAGACCUCUGGUAUAACUGCUUCCAUGAUAAUGCCACAAAAACCUGGAUGUGUGCUGCUACUAAUGAAAGCGACUGGCUGCAGUCUGUCCAGGCCCUCAUGGUCCUCUCUGUGGUCUUCUCCUCCAUCUCCUUCCUGGUUUUUCUGGGUCAGCUGUUCACCAUAUCCAAAGGAGGACUCUUCUACUUCACAGGCCUCUGUCAGGCCUUUGCAGGUUUCACAACCUUUGCUGCUUGCCUCAUCUUCACCUUCCACCGAAAGGAGAUCUUAAGUGAGUCCAGAGAUCUAAGCAAGGGACGCUUUGGCUACUGUUUCAUCCUGGCGUGGCUAUGUGUCCCUCUCCUCUUGGUUAGUGGAGUCCUAUACGUCCACCUGCGCAAGAAGCAUUGAGCCAAAAACAGAAAGAAUGGAAAAAAAACCUCUUAAUAAGAGUGUGAUGCUCUGCACUUAUUUUCCAGUUAAUAGUAAGUGCACAUGAGGAAAGUAUACAAUUCUGUUAUAUGGUACAGUAUGCAGGACAAUUAUGUCAUCCUAGUGGCAUCUCUGUCAGUGAGACACAUUGUUGUUACUCACCUGAUCGAGAAAACUCAGUAAUGCUGUAAGACACAAAGCUCAUAUUGUGUUAGACAAAGGAUUCUGACAUACAAAUAUUAGUUAGUUAAAAUGAGUGUUCAAUGUAUGAUUUUGAUUAUAUUUUUUGUAUUUGGACAUCCCUGUGUUUACGUAUUAAAAAAGCAAUACACCUAUUGUUGAUGUGAUCUUUACUAAAGAGCAUUCCUGUAGGGCUAAA